AUGGGAAUGACUGGACUGGCACGAUUCCCGAAGACUAUCAGUCCCAUCUGGUGUAGAUGGGCUGGGAGAUUGGAUAUUAGCGACCAGUAUGGAAACCGUAACUUCAGUGACUCGAACCUCCAACAGGCUGGAACAUCCUUGGCAUCCUGGAACGUGCAUUGGCACAUCCACUGCGGAGGUGGAGAGGAUGAUCGAAGAAUGAGCCAAUUUCGUGAAAUAGACUGGAAAUGGGAGAGCGCACAACAGUCCAAUAAUCCACCUCAAAACUUUAUGACCAUCACCGCCUAG